AUGUCUGAAGACGAUAAAGGAAAAAUCAAGGUAAAAAAAUCGUGGAUUGAAAAGCUCUUUUCACCUAUCAUUCCUGGCUCUGUAAAAAGCUCAGUUCUUAGCUUAUGCAGCAUCACUUUAGGAAGUGGAGUUUUAAGCUUGCCAUUAGCAGUCUACACUUGUGGGCUUGCCCUGGGUAUGGAUCUCCUUAUAAUUGGAGGACUCAUCUGUAGCUUUUAUUACAAAAUCUUAAUAAAAGCCAGCGACAUGACUAAACAAUACACCCACGCUGGCAUUGCUGAAGCUUUAUUCGGGUUUUACUUCAAAAGAGGACUAGAAAUAGGGAUAAUUUUGCAUUGCUUUGGAGUAGUUUGUGCAUAUCAAGCUAUAAUGAGCUCAUUUUUGUGUAGUGUUUUGCAUUCGUUUGGGGUUUUAGCUCAGCCUGACGAUGACCAAUUAAGAGUGACAGCAAUAAUCCUUAUCAAUAUUUUCGUGAUUUUCCCUUUGUCGCUAUUUAAAGAAUUCAGUGCAUUAAGAUAUGCGUCCUCAAUUAGUGUGAUUUCUUGUAUUUAUAUUACACUUGUGAUUCUAUUCCAGACUCCAGCUUAUUUAGCUACAAAUCCAGGGUUUAUGAACAAUAUUCUUGUUAAUAUAAGCUCAAUGGCUUGAUUUUUUUUUUUAAAAAAAAAUUUUUUGUAUGUAUUUUAGCAAUUAAAUUAUCUAGAAAAGUAUAUAAAACUAUUUGAUUUUAAUAUAUACGUAGUUGACGCUAUGAGCAUAACUCUUUUUGCUUAUGAGUCUUCAAGAGCGAUCCCUAUCAUUUAUCAAGAACUCAACAAAAGAAACUAUAAUAGGAUGAGCAAGGUUAUUGACAGAGGAAAUGGCCUGAUGAUUGUACUUUAUACAGUAAUUGGCGUUUUUGGGUUUUUUUCGUAUAUGAAUAAAAUGCCUAACUUGGUGGUCUUCAGACAGACAUUAGAUGGGACGCCCAAUGCUUAUGAUUGGCCAAUGGUUUAUGCAAGACUAGGAGUUGCCAUGACGAUUAUGAUGAGCAUUCCUAUGAAUAUUAAUCCAACCAGGUUAGCUUUGACACAAAUAAUUUCAGGGACAAAUUACAAAGAAGAUUUAGCAAGACAUGUAGGACUAACCGCUAUGCUUUUAUUUGGGUCAGUUUUGGUAGCAAUAGCCAUCCCUGACGCUAUUUUUUACUUCAAAAUAUUAGGAGGAAUUUUUUCAGUGAUAAUGGGAGUUAUUUAUCCGUGCUUAAUACAAAUGUAUUUGCCUGAAAGUUUUACAACAAAAAUAGUGACAGUGGUUUUGACAGUAAUCGUGAGCUUGAUUGGAUUUAGCUCAGUAGUGAUAACGAUUAAUAGUAUUUCUUAA